AUGUCCUCCCUAAUCGGCACCUUGGGCGGCGACGACGCCUUCAUCGCACGCCUGAACUACUUCCACACCUCGGGUCUCGCGGAUAUCGGCAACGAGCCCGUGUUCCUGACGGUCUUCCAGUACCACUACGCCGGUCGCCCGGGUCUCUCGGCGUCUCGUGUACACUCGUACAUACCUAGCUCCUUCAAUGCGACGCACGCCGGGCUCCCGGGGAACGAUGACUCGGGUGCCAUGGGCGCAUUCGCGGUCUUCAGUAUUCUCGGUUUAUUCCCGAACGCCGGGCAGAACAUGUAUCUGAUUACGCCGCCGUUCUUUGAGGAGGUUAGGGUUACGCAUCCGAUGACGGGGAAGGUCGCCGUGGUGAGGAAUGUGGGAUUUGACCCGGGGUAUAAGAGGAUUUGGUUACAGGAGGCUAGACUCAAUGGGGAGGCUUAUAGCAGGAGUUGGAUAGGGCAUGAGUUCUUCACGGAGGGGGGCGUGCUGGAGUUGGUGCUGGGGGAGGAGGAGAGUGAUUGGGGAAGGGCGCUGGAGAAUCGACCUCCGAGCGUAUCGAGUGGGUAG